AUGUUGAAAGAGACCUCCCGCUAUGACAAUCGUAACACAGCGCAAGAGGAGAGACGGCCAUUAGCGUCGAGUCGUCUACCAGCUAUAGAGGAAUUAACACUUGGCUUGAAGCAAAAGCUUCACCUGCAAGCUCGCGCAAGAGCUGCACCUUAUUACAUUAGAAAGCAAGAACCAGUCGAUCUCGUCGAAAGGUUACUAGAACAACGCGCCCUUGUCGCCGAGGCUGUUCGGAGAUUACAGGAAAAGAAACAAACGUGUCACGAAAUAUCAGUGGACUCCUAA